UCCGUUUCCGUUGCGCCCAUAAAUCCCCGUCCGGACAGCAAAGACACACAACGGAUUUUUAUCAUCAGUCGACGCCUCCGAUUAUUAGUAACUAGUAAAUGCGCAAUAUCGCGCCGUCAAUGCAUCCCUUAGCCGCAUACCCUCGCUAGAUUUGCUUCUCCAUUAGCAAUUCUUUAUUUUUCGCUUUUGCCUUUGCGCUGCUGAUGCGUCAAUCAUUCGGUAGCAUCUGAAAAGGCGCGAUUGUUCGUUCGUUCGUGGACGUGGGCGAGGGAGGUGGCGCGUCGCGGUAAACAAAUUAAAGGGAGGGGGUGAGGUGAGGGGAUUAAAAUCUGCGGCCGUACCGACGGGAACCCGUCUCCUUCUCUUGCCGUUCGCCGGUCGCCUCGCCUCCAAAUCGCCGCCGCGUUUGGUGCCCACUGAUCGUGCUUGCCGGGGAGGAGGAAGAUGAGGAUGAAGACGCUGGCCUGCUGCCGGCGGCGGCCGCAGGACUUCAGCGUCGACAUGGACCAAGAGCCGGAAAAGGUGACGACAUACAAUGGCCUCGAGAGCUGCAUUUUCAACAGUUCCUCAUAUGAUGAGGAUAGUGGCGUUAGUGCAACAACAGGGGCGGAUGGCUGUGUCACCGCUGAUUCCCUUGAAGAUGAAGCUUCAAGUUGCUCCUCCAGCAAAGAUGUUGAUGGCUCUUCCUUCUCUUCCCAAUGCCUUCCACUGAGCAAGCAGGAGGAGCAUUCACUUUAUGAGUUGGAUACACUCGAUGCUAUCCAUCUACUCCCUGUCAAAGGGAAGAAUCCAAUCACAUAUACAUUGAGUGCCGCUGAUAUUGAAACCAUGAAGGAGAAGUUUGCAAAGCUACUGCUUGGUGAUGACGUUUCUGGAGGUGCCAGAGGAGUUUGUGCUGCUCUGGCCUUGUCCAAUGGCAUAACCAAUCUCUCAGCCACUAUUUUUGGAGAGCUGUGGAAGUUGGAACCAUUGUGUGAGGAAAAAAAGAUCAGGUGGCGGAAGGAAAUGGACUGGUUGCUUUCUCCUACGACCUACAUGGUCGAGCUGGUACCCACAAAGCAAAAUGGAGCAGAUGGGUGCAUGUUUGAGAUUAUGACCCCGAAGGCCCGUUCAGAUGUUCAUGUGAACCUUCCUGCUCUACAGAAGCUUGAUUCCAUGCUAAUUGAAGUUCUGGACUCAAUGGUUGACACGGAGUAUUGGUACGUGGAGAGUGGUAGCCGAUCAGGUGGCCGGGGCAAAAAUAAUGGUGAAAGACAGACCAAAAAGUGGUGGCUUCCAUCCCCUUGUGUCCCUGAACAAGGUCUAUCUCAGUCCCAGAGGAAAAGGAUUGUGUUUCAGGCUAAACUUGUUCAUCAAAUCCUCAAAGCUGCCAAGUCUAUCAACGAACAAGUCCUGUUUCAGAUCCCUAUUCCCAUGGCUGUUAUGGACGCCCUUCCAAAGUCUGGCAGAUCUAGCUUGGGUGAAGACCUGUACCAUGCCAUAACCACGGACUAUAUUCCUAUCGAAGAAAUCUUUGUUUCUCUGAGUCUAAAAACCGAGCAUAGCGUGCUCGAGACCAUGAACCGGUUAGAAGGUGCACUUUUUGCAUGGAACCAAAGGAUCUCAGAGGAAAGAAGCAGGAAGUCUCCUGCACGGCAUUCGUGGAAGUUCAUGAAGGACAGUUCGUCGGAGCUGGAGAAGAUGUCGGCGUGCAUCGAAAGGGUCGAGACCCUCAUCCAGCUUCUGAAGUCCAGAUUCCCCAACCUGCCUCCAACGUUCAUCGACGUCGUGAAGGUCCAGUAUAACGAGGACGUGGGGCACGCCAUUGUGGAGGCCUACUCGAGGGUUCUUGUAGGGGUGGCGUUCAGCAUCCUGUCCCGGGUGGCGGAGAUCAUGCUGGAGGACGACCUGGUGAAGAAGCCCAACACGCCCAUGGCCACCCUCAAGUUCGACCUCUCCUCCGACGUGUACCUGGCGGGCAUCACCGAGACGCCGCCGGGCCACAUACGGCGCUCCCUCAUGGACCAGAUCAGCAUGGUCGACGGCCGAUUCGACGCCGUCGUCAAGAAGAGAGGGGCCAAGCAGCUCAUGUGGUGAUGCGGGCGGGCGGGGUGUUGUACAGGGUGAUGGCUGCGUGCCGGCUGCGUACACAAGUUGCAUCUACCUUACUACUAAUGGUGCAUUUGUAAUCUGUAACAGCAGCAUUGGCCGAGUCUUGCUGAAUGCUGAAUGCUGAAUGCUGAUGGCAACCCAGAUGCUGCUGCUUUUGCAACGGAGCGAAACCUGUUGUGUCUUGGUCA